AAAAAAAAAAAGUGGUUUUUUAGUUCUCCCUAUUUGUGGAAGAUUUCUGUGUUGUGCUUGUCAGUCGUCAGCAUUGAUUUUCCCUUGCAUGUAGUGCAUGUGUUUGUGGAUGUCAUGGGAAAUGUUAAAUCUUGAAACAGAAAAACAAGUUAAAAAAAAAAGGAGAUUUUAAUUGUGGAUUUUUUGAUUUCACAGGAGUUCAAUUUCAUCUCAUCUUCAUGUAAUUGAUUGCAGUAUUAAUUGGUUGCUGCUUCUGGAAAGGAGAUGGUUGAAUUCGGGAAAAAGCUGAAGGAGACACAAAUCCAGGAGUGGCAACGAUACUAUAUCAACUACAAGAUGAUGAAAAAGAAAGUCAACCGAUACGCUCAACAACUUGAAGAUUCAGAUGAUAAUGGCAAGCAAAUUUUGAAGGAUUUUUCCAGGAUUCUCGAUCAGCAGAUUGAAAAGUUUGUCUUGUUUUUACUGGAGCAAGAAGGUCAACUAGCUUCAAGAUUAUCUGCUCUAGGAAUACAGAAGGAUGAUUUUCUACAGCGAUCAGAUUACUUAGAAUUAUCUGCACUCCUUGAAGCAUACCGAGCCGUGGGGAGGGAUCUUCUAAGGCUUCUGUUUUUUGUUGAAAUGAAUGCCAUUGGUCUUAGAAAGAUAUUAAAAAAGUUUGAUAAGCGAUUUGGAUAUAGCUUCACUAACCACUAUGUGAAGACUCGGGCAAGUCAUCCUUAUUCCCAACUGAGACAAGUCCUGAAGCAUGUGGGGAUUUCAGCCGUUGUUGGGACCAUAUCUCGCAACCUUACAGAUCUCCAAGGUCAUCAUGAGAGCUAUACUUCAAUCUAUGACCAGCCAACUGUACUUCCUGUGGACCCCAUCAUUGUAUCCAUUAAAGCAGCUGUUGACCGGCUGACAAAUUCAACAGAUUAUCUUCAUUAUUUGGGAAAGCAUGCACUUAUCAUGCCAGAAGAAUUACCAAGUCCUUCAGAGGAUCAUGUGAUUGAUGACAGAUAUCAUUUUAUGUCACUUCUUUUGAACUUGGCUAACACAUUUUUGUACAUGGUAAAUACAUAUAUAGUCGUCCCAACAGCAGACAACUACUCUGUGAGCCUUGGAGCUGCCGCAACUGUUUGUGGUGCGGUAAUUGGAUCUAUGGCUGUUGCACAAGUGUUCUCUUCAGUAUAUUUCAGUGCGUGGUCAAAUAAGUCUUACAUCAGACCUCUUGUAUUCAGCACCAUCGUCCUUCUGAUUGGAAACACUUUAUAUGCCCUGGCUUAUGAUCUGAACUCUAUAUAUCUACUUCUAAUUGGGCGUUUAUUCUGUGGGUUAGGUUCUGCGAGGGCCAUUAACAGGCGUUACAUUAGUGAUUGCGUCCCUCUUAAGUUGCGGAUGAAGGCCUCCGCUGGAUUUGUAAGUGCUAGUGCACUUGGAAUGGCAUGUGGUCCUGCUCUGGCUUGCUUGUUUCAAACCAACUUCAAAAUCUUUAAUAUCACAUUCAACGAGGACACUUUACCUGGAUGGGUGAUGGCACUUGCAUGGCUUGUAUAUCUAUUUUGGUUAUGGAUAUGUUUCAGAGAGCCUCCAAAAGAUGUAGGGGAUUUUGAAGAACAGACAACACAGAUUGAAAGUGUCGGACUAGAGAUUGAUUGCACUCAACCACUGAUUUCAAGCUCGCAAGAAACGCAAGAAAAUGAAGAUGAUGGCCAAGAAUGUGAUGUUUCAGAAACAGCUAGUGCCGGAAGUGACAAACCUGUCACUUCGAUUGUUUCUGCAUACAAAUUGCUAACUCCAUCUGUAAAGGUCCAGCUAUUGAUAUACUUUAUGCUUAAGUAUGCUAUGGAGAUAUUACUUGCUGAAUCAAGUAUCAUCACAUCUCACUACUUCAUCUGGUCUUCUAGAAAUGUGGCAGUGUUCUUGGCGUGUCUUGGUUUAACAGUUCUUCCUGUCAACAUAUUUGUUGGGAGCUACUUGAGCAAUUUGUUUGAAGAAAGACAAGUUUUACUAGCAUCAGAAGUACUGGUAUGUUUGGGCAUACUAUUCAGCUUCAACGUGAUGAAUCCAUACUCGACGCCUCAAUAUAUCUGCUCUGCUCUAGUCACAUUUGUAUCAGCUGAAGUUCUUGAAGGUGUUAAUCUUUCACUUCUAUCUCGAGUAAUGUCAUCUCGUCUUUCAAAGGGGACAUAUAAUGGUGGACUUCUAUCAACAGAAGCUGGAACACUGGCCCGAGUGAUAGCGGAUGGAACCAUAACCCUGGCUGGAUACUGGGGAAUCAGUAGGCUGUUAAAUGUCACCCUACUUCCUUCCCUUGUGAUCUGUGUUUGCUCAAUCAUAGCAACCUGCUUCACUUAUAAUUCGCUUUACUGA